UGCCUCUUUUGCUUUUCUCUCUCGCUCCCUCCUUCCACCAAACAGAUGUUCUUCUGACACCCCUCUCCCUGUCCUCCCCCUGUCUCAUCUCCCAUCCCUCACAUCUCACUGCGAUCUUGUGCUUACUUCCCUCUCUUCCACAUAUAGAACUGCCACUAGCUUAGUCUCUUAGACGGCCUUUUUUUUGAGACCCUUACCAGCUCCCUAACGUGUCACUGAUUCAACCUACACUAAAGAACACAUCCCAUUAUUGACAUUAAACAUGUCCAGCAGGAGGACUACUCGAUCAAGGCAGUCAAGCUCAUCGAGAAUCACAGAUGAACAGAUCAAUGAUCUCGUGUCCAAGUUGCAAGCGCUGCUCCCCGAAGCCGGCAUUAGGAGCAACAACAGUAUGCCGGCGGCCAGGGUCUUGCAAGACACCUGUAACCACAUUAGGAGCCUGCAUCAAGAGGUCGAUGAUUUGAGUGAGAGGCUGUCAGAGCUCCUUGCCACGACCGACACAACCAGUGCCCAAGCAGCGAUAAUUAGGAGCUUGCUUAUGUGAUUAUUGCUGCCAUAUAAUAAAUUAAGAUCGAUGCUAUUAGAAGCUACCCUUUGCCUUUACCUCCAUAAGGAUUGUCCUGCUCUUCAAUGUAACAAACUUAAGUUAAAUCUCUUCUGCACCUAUGAGCUAAAUUUUGCUGUGGCGGUGAUUUAUAUAUUAGCCCAAGGAUUUCUCAUCUCUAAACAGUUCCAUAUAAAAUGUUU